AGCAUCGAAGGCUUGCCAAAGUUGUUGGAACUCCAAACCAAUUUGCAAAUAAAGAGCACCUACAACAACAGCUGCAGGAUGAUUAUUUAGAUUCCAAUAUGGGUCUCCUGUAUCCUGAGGAGAACCUACCUAUGGGUUUCCCAGGGGGACCAGAUCAACUUCCAAACUUCUCUGAGGAGGCUGAAAUUCCUCCACCCUUGCAGAAGACCCCAAAUCAUCUAGAGUCCCCUGAGGAAGCUGAAUCUUUUUUGCCCCAAGGGGAGGCCCAGGCUCAGCAUCCAGAGCCCUCUGAAGAGACAGAAACAUCUCUACUUGAGCAGGAGGCUCCAUCUCAGCGUCCAGAGUCCCUUAAGGAUGGAAAUUCAGCAAACCCACAAGAAGCCCCAGCUGAGCCUUCAAGUACCCCUGAAGAGGUCGAACCUUCUUCAGUCCAGCAGGAAGCCUCAGCUCACCCUACAGAGGCCCCCGAGGAAGUGGAACCUUCUCCAACCCCCCAGGAGGCCCCUGCUCAGCCUCCAGAGCCAUCUAAGGACAUCAUAUCUCAACUGUUAGCACAUCAUGAAGUAAAUGUGCUAUCUCCAAGUCAGAGUGAAGCUCAGAAGCCAAGCUUCCCCAAUGUCACUGUUAAACCUCUGGAUCUUACCAUAACUCUAACUCAGCCUGCGGAGCACCCUGAGGAGGUUGAACCUACCCCAGUCCAGCAGGAGGCCCCUCCUCAGCCUGCAGAGCGCCUCGAGGAGGUUGAACCUACCCCAGUCCAGCAGGAGGCCCCAACUCUAGUUCCAGAGUUCCCUACCGAGUAUUUAACUCAACUUGCAGUAAGUGAUGAGGUGACAUCUCUACCUCUAGGUCAGUAUCCAGAUUAUUUAAUGUUUCCCAGGGUUAUAGGUAAGCCUUUAGAUGUGGAAUUUACCACAACUCCAGGGCCUGAUAAAGGUGUUGAAUCUUCUAUAGCCCAGCAAGAGGCCCCACCUCAGCCUCUUGAACAUACUGAGGAAGCAGAACUUUCUCUAACCCAGCAAGAGACCUCGGGUAAGCCUCCAGAGGAGGUUGAGCCUUCAAGUGAGCAGGAGACCCCAGGUCAGCCUUCCGAGCCUCCUGGGGUGAUUGAUCCUUCUCUAAGGCAGCAGGAGACCCCAGCUCAGCCUUCAGUGCCUCCUGAGGAAGGUAAGCCUUCUCUAAGCAAACAGGAACCCCCAGCUCAGCUUCCAGACCGUUUUGGAGAAGCUGAACUUUCUCCAACCCAGGAGGAGGCCUUAGCUCAGCUUGCAGAGCUCCUUAAUGAGGCAGAAUCUUCAACCCAGCAGGAGACUCCAGCUCAGUCUCCAGGGGAGAUAGAAUCUUCUGCAACCCUGCAAGAGCAACCAGCUCAGCCUCCAGAGCUGCCUUCCAGGGAGGUGGAACCUUCUCCAACCCAGCAGGAGCACCCAGCUCAACCUCUAUGGCAUCAUAAGAUGACAGUUUCACCUCCAGGUCACUACCAUGAUCAACAUUUAAACCUGCCCAAUGUCAGUGUGAAACCUCCAGAUGUGCAGCUUACCAUGACUGCAGAACCCACUACAGAGGUGGGACCUUCUCCAGUUCGGCACGAGACUAUAGCUCAGCCCUCAGUGCCUCUUAAUGUGGAACCUUUUGAAACCCAGCAUGAAGCCCCAACUCUGCCUCCACAGUCCCCUGAGGUUGAAUCUUUGCCAGUUCAACAGGAGACUCCAACGCAAUCUCCAGAAUCUACCACACAGGAGAAACUUCCAACACAGCAGGAGACCCCAGUUCAGUAUCCAGAAUAUCCUGGAGAAGUUGAACCUUCUACAACUCAGCAGGAGGCCCUAGCUCAGCAAUCACAGGCCCCUGAGGAGGGUGAAUCAUCCUCAACCCAGGAGGAGGCCCCGACUCAGCUUCCAGAGGCCCAGGAAGAGGGUGAACCUUCCCCUCUCCAGGAGGAGGGCCAGGGUCAGCACCCACAGGCCUCCGAGGGGAGUGAACCACCUACAACCCAGGAGGAGGCCCCAGUUCAGCAUCCACAGACCCCUGAGGAGGUUGAACCUUCUUCAACCCAGCAGGAGGCUCCAGCUCAGUAUCCUCAGGCAUCAGAGGAGGGUGAGCCUUUUCCAACCCAACCAGAGACCCCAACUCAGUAUCCAGAGCCCCUUGAGGGGACUGAACCUUCUCCAGCCCAGUCAGAGGCCACAACUCAGCAUCCAAAUCCCCGUGGGGAAGUUAAACCUGCAACCUAUCAGGAGGCCCCAAGUCAGCAUCCACAGACCUCUGAGGAAAUUAACCCUUCUGCCACUCAACAGGAAGCCACAGCUCAACAUCCAGAGCCUUCUGGUGAGGUUGAACCUUCUCCAACCCAACAGGAGGCCCCAGCUCACUCUCCAGAGCAUCAGGUGGUAACAGUUUUUCCUCAAGGUCAGAAUCAAGCUCAGCUCCUGCUGUUGCCUAAUGUCACUGUUAAACCUGUGGAUUCCUCAGUUACCAUGACCUCAGAAUCCACUAAUGAGGUUGAAGCUUCUCCACUCCGAGAAGAGGCCUCAGCUCAGUCUGGAGUGUCCCCUGAGCAGUUGGAACCUUCUCCAAUCCAGCAGGAGGUCCCACAUCAGCAUCCAGCUGCCCCUGAAAAUGUUGAGCCUUCUCCGAUCCAGCAGGGAGUCUCCACUAUGCCUGAAGAUCUUCCUGAGGAAAUUGGACUUUCUCCAACCCAGCAGGAGGUCCCACAUCAGCAUCCAGCGCCCCCUGAAAAUGUGGAAUCUUCUCCAGUCCAGCAUGAAGUCUCAACUCCACCCGAAGAUUUUCCUGAGGAAAUUGAACUUUCUCCAAGCCAGCAGGAGAGCUCAGCUCUGCCUCAAGUGCCUGUUGCAAGUAUAGAACCUUCUCCAAUCCAGCAAGAGGUCCCAGCUCAGCAACCAAAGCCCAAUGAGGGGGUCGAGUCUUUUCCAGUUCAGUAUGAGCAUCCAGCUCAGCCUCCAGGGUCCUCUACAGAUGUUGUAGCUCAGUCUCCAGUACAGCAUGAGGUGACAUUCUCACCUCCAGGUCCAGGUGAAGAUCAGCAUCCAGUGUUGCCUAAUAUCACAGGUAAACCUGUGGAUCUGAGGAUUUUCAUAAGUCCCCAGGCAACUAAGGAGGUUAAACAUCUUCCAGUGCAGCAGGAUGUCCCUGCUCAAUCUCCUAUUCCCCCUGAGAAAGUUGAAUUUGCUCCAGCUCAGUCCAAGCAUCUUUCCCAGUCUCCAGAGUCCCCUGAAGAUGAGUCUUCUCCAGGCCAACAAGAGGUCCUAGCUCAGACUCCAGACCCCCCUAAGGCUGUGGACCCUGCUUCAGGCCAACAGGAGGCCCCAGCUCAGUCUGUAGUCCCCCAGCUGGCCCCAGCUCAGCCUUCAGAGCCUCCUGAGAAGGUAGAACCAUCUCCAGUUCAGCAGGAAGUCCCAGCUCAGCCUUCAGAGCCCCCUAAUGAGGCAGAAUCUUCUCCAACCCCGCAGGAGGCCCUGGUUCAGUCUCCUGUCCCCCAGCAGGCUCCAGCUGUAUCUCCUGAGCCCCCUAAGGAGGUAGAACCUUCUCCCACACUGCAGGAGGCCCCAGCUCAGCCUUCAGAGCCCCGUAAUGAGGCAGAGUCUCCAACCCAGCAGGUGGCCCCAGCUCAGUUUCCAGUCCUCCAGGAGUCCCCAGCUAUGUCCCCUGAGCCCCCUAAGGAGGUGGAACCUUCUCCCACACCUCAGGAGGCCCCAGCUCAGCCUUCAGAGCCCGGUAAUGAGGCAGAAUCUUUUCCAACUCAGCAGGGAGCCCCAGUUGUAUCCCCUGAGCCCCCUAAGGAGGUAGAACCUUCCACACAGCAGGAGGCCCCACCUCAGCCUUCAGAGCCUCCUGAGAAGGUGGAACCAUCUCCAGUCCAGCAGGAAACCCUAUCUCUACCUCUCAAGCCACUUAAGGAGAUAGAACCUUCUCUAACACAACAGGAGGUACAAGCUCAGCCUUCAGAGGCCCCUGAGAAGGUAGAACCAUCUCCAAUUCUGCAGCAGUCUCCAACUCAACCUCCGGAGCCCUCUAAGGAGGCAGAAACUCCUCCAGCCCAGCAGGAGUCCCCAGUUCAGCCUCCAGAGCCACCUGAGGAGGUUGUAGCACAACCUCCAGUCCAUAAUGAGGUGACAGUUCCACCUCUAGGCCAAGAGCAAGCUCAGCAUCCAAACUUGCCCAAUGUUACUGUUCAGCCUGCUGACCUGGAGCUUACUGUAACUCCAGAACCUACUGUGGAGGCUGAGCAGUCUACAAUCAUGCAGCAGACUAUAGCUCCUCCAGAGGACACUGAGGCGACACCUCCACAUCCAGAGCAGGUCCAGGCUCAGCAUCCAAAUUUGACUGAAGUCAGAGUUCAGCCUUUAGACCUGGAACUGACCAUAACUCCAGAACCCACUACAGAGACUGAACCUUCUCUAACCAUGCAAGAGACCCCAACCCAGCCUCCAGAGCCACCUAAGGAGGUUGUUCAGUAUCCGUCCCAACAGGAAGUGACAGUUCCUACUCCAAGUAAGGAUCAAGGUCAGCAACCAACAUUGCCCAGUGUCACAGCUCAUCGUGUGGACUUGGGGCUUACCAUAACUCCAGAACCUACUACAGAGGCUGAACAUUCUACACCCGUGAAGGAGACUACAGCUCCUCCUCCAAAGGACCUUGAGGUGACACUUGCACAUCCAGAGCAGGUUCAGAGUCAGCAUCCAAACCUGACUGAAGUCACAGUUCCACCUAUGGACCUGGAACUUACUGUAACUGCAGGAUCCAGUGUGGAGACUGAACCUUCUCCAACCAUGCGAGACACCCCAACUCAGCCUCCAGAGCCACCUAAGGAGGUUGUAGUUCAAUAUCCAUUCCAGCAGGAAGUGACAGUUCCAACUCCAAGUAAGGAUCAAGGUCAGCAUCCAGCAUCACCCAUCAUCCCAUUUCGUCAUGUGGAGCUUACUAUAACUCCAGAACCUAUUACAGAGGCUGAACAUUCGACAACCCUGAAGAAGACUACAACUCCUCCCCCAAAGGACCUUGAGGUGACACUUGCACAUCCAAAACAGGUUCAGAGUCAACAUCGAAACCUGACUGAAGUCACGGUUCCACCUAUGGACCUAGAAAUUCCUGUAAGUCAGCAACCAGAGUCAUUUGAGACAGGUUUUCCUCCAACAACUGAACAUCCUGUGGUGCAUUUUGUAAACUAUACCUCAGAAAAGGCAUACACAACUUUAACUUGGCAACCAGAACAGAAUGCCACCACAAACCUCAAAAUAUGUGAGCGCUGUACCUGCAAAGAGGAGACACUGUCGUGUGUUGGUCUCAGCCUACAGCAGAGGCUCCGCAGAGUACCCGUGCUGGAGCCCGACACCUACAACGGCACCUUCACCAUCUUAAAUUUCCAAGGAAACUCUAUUUCUUACAUUGAUGAAAAUGUAUGGAAGGGAUACCGUUGGGCUGAGAAACUAAUUCUCAGUGACAAUUAUCUGACCGAAUUACAUAAAGACACAUUUGAAGGCCUGCUAUCCCUCCAGUAUUUAAUUAUCAGUCGUAACCCUCUGUCAACUGUUGAAGAUUCCUAUCUUUUUAAGUUGCCAGCAUUAAAAUAUUUAGACAUGGGAUCAACACAGGUGUCACUUACAACAGUUGAGAGCAUCCUCAUGAUGACCCUUGAAUUGGAAACACUGAUUUUACCUAGCCGUAUGGCCUGCUGUCUCUGCCAAUUUAAAAAUACUAUUGAGGUUGUCUGUAAGACAGUCAAGCUACAUUGUGACAGUGCAUGUCUGACAAAUGGCACACGUUGUGAUCAGGAAGUAUACCUAAGGAAGGCAGAAGGAUCAUUCAUGAAGGUAUUGACAGCUCGAAAGAAGAGCGCCAGCACGGAGCUGACUAUUGAGCCAGAGAAGGCGUCCUCAGACAUAGAUCGUGUCAGUUUGUCAGCCUUUAUGAAUGAGCAGCUAGACUUCAAUGAUGAAAGUGAUGUCAUUAGUGCACUGAAUUACAUAUUGCCUUAUUUCUCGGAGGGCAAUCUAGAAGACGUAGAAUCGACGCUGUUACCGUUCAUUAAACUUCUGUUUUCAAAUGUGCAAGAGGGAGACAAGCCCGUGGGUCACUCGAUGAACGACACAGGGGACCCUUCUCUUAAACCUGGAUCCAACAAUUCAACUUACAAGAAUAAACUGAGAAAACUCUACUUUCUGGAAAAUUUGUUAGAUGCAGAAAUUCAGGAAAAAAUUGAUGACAUGAAAAAGAAAGAAAAAAUGGCCAUGCUUAUACAUUCCAGCCUUUUAGGUCCCAAGUUUAAACGUCAAAUCUUUCCAAAGAAAUUGGAAACUGCCCAACCGCAGGAGAAGAGCCCAGACGAGGUUGAGAGUGUGGGGAAAAAGUUCCUGAGAGUGAACAGGGUCAUCAAGGGCCCAAAGGGCAUACGGAAAAGGCACUUAAAAGAACUGAGACGUCAGAACAUCCAGAGGAAACAGAGCGCCCAGCCAUCUGUGGAGAACAUGGCCAAGGAAAGAAGGCUCAGGACACCAUCCCCGGGGGAGCUUCCCGUGGCGCACAGGCCCAGCAAAUCAGUGGGAAGCUCCUUCAAUACAGAGCCUUCGUUCAUAGAUGAGCACAAGGCAGCGGUCUCUUCUCUCAUGAAGCAAUACUUUUUGGACAGGCCUUCUGCCACCCCCGCUCCCAAGGAAAGAAGGCUCAGGAGACCAUCCCCAGGGGAGCUUCCCGUGGCGCACAGGCCCAGCAAAUUAGUGGGAAGCUCCUUCAAUACAGAGCCUUCGUUCGUAGAUGAGCACAAGGCAGCGGUCUCUUCUUUCCUGAAGCAAUACUCUUUGGGCAGGCCUUCUGCCACCCCCGCUCCCAAAUCCCCACCUGACGUGAAAAAAGAAUCAAAAGACUUAACGUACACCAUUUUUGUUUUAGAAGAUGCAAAUGCUAGAGUUAGAAAUAUGAAGGCUUUCGGACCAGCCUCACUCCCCAGAAAGACACACCGCUUUCAUAAAAGUCGCUCCCGUGUGGUCCACAGAACACCCAAGGCCAAACUGAAUCGAAAGUCCAGAAAGGAAAGUUCACUCAGUAAUAGACAGCUGCUUGCAAAGAGGCCUCCAUCCUCUGCAGUCAGGAGCCUCAUAAAUUCCCCUUCACGAGAGGAUUUUUCAUCUCCGGGAGAACUGAGUCCUCAGAAAAAUCCUUUUCCAGAAUUAUUUGCUCCUUCAGGAACUUACAGAGAAAACACUACUGUAGAGAACACUACUGCCCAAAAUGUUUCUGAAGAAAAUAUUUCUACAGGAAACACUACUGUGCCAGAACAAACCCUCCCUGAAUUCACAGACCGUAAGAAUCUUUCCACUGCUAAUUCUACUGUUACUGCAGACAACUCUAUGCCGACCGUUAAACAAACCAAUGAUACACAACGGGAAUACCACAAUGCGGGCACCGGCUUGCCCCCAAAAGCCACAGGCUUCACUGUGUCAAAGCUCUCGUCCUCAGGUGAUCUGUUUGAAAUUCAGUUAAACCAGCAGCUACAGUCCCUCAUCCCCAGCAAUGACGUGAGAAGGCUCAUUUCUCAUGUUAUCCGGACUUUGAAAAUGGACUGCUCUGAGACCCAGGUGCAGCUGGCCUGUGCCAAGCUCAUCUCCAGAACAGGCCUCCUGAUGAAGCUUCUCAGCGAGCAGCAAGAAGUAAAGGUGUCCAAGGCAGAGUGGGAUACGGACCAAUGGAAAAAUGAGAAUUAUAUCAAUGAGAGCACAGAAGUCCAGAGUGAACAGAGAGGGCAGGAGUCAAGGGAGCUCACAAAAGAAGUUCCAGGCUAUGGCUAUAACAACAAACUCAUCUUGGCAAUAUCUGUGACUGUAGUAGUGAUGAUUUUGAUCAUAGUGUUCUGUCUCGUUGAGGUAAGGACAACAAUUAAUUCAGAUUCCCAGACUAUAUUCCUUCUUUACAGUAGAUUCAGAACCCACAAACUGAAAAUCAAAGCCACUUUCCCACCUAUCAUGACUUGAUAUCCCUCUUCAGUCUGGAGGACUGAGAUAUGCUUUGUCCUUUUAUUGCAAAGUAUAUUCCAGGGAUUUUAAAAGGAACCCCACUGCCGGGAGACAUCUGUGGAUUGUAACCAAGAUAACAAGCCAUUAGCUUGUUCUGAGACAUUAGGUCUAAGAAGGCCACAGUUGACAUGAUAGUAAAAUUUCUUCAACUCAAAAAAAUGAUGUCGAUUCGAUGCACUCACCAGUCAUCCUCCUACUACCACUGAUUUCUUUCCUCGUUGGCUAAAAUGAUGAGAGAGAAAUAGUCUUCACCUUCAUGGAGCUAUCAGUCAUCUUGGAAGAAAGGGCAUGGCUUAGAGAUAAAAGUGUCAUCUUGUUGAUUAAUUAGAUGUGCCUACAGCUCUCUCCUCCACUUCGCAAGGCAUUGUGUAAACAGGUUCAGUUAAAACCCUGCAGCUAAAAUCCUGCAUCAGGCUACUCAGAGCGUGUCAUAAUUACAGUUGCC